UAUGUCUACGUUCACCUGCAGUCGUGCGAAACGAAGGAAGUUCUCAACUGAUAAGGUGAUUACGCCUUAUCGCAGAUCGAAAAAACGUCCUACUACGGGAUUUAGUCGUGGCAGACCUUCUUCCGCCACAGUUGGCGGGGAGGAGGAGAUUGACUCCGCUUUGAACCGGAUAUCGAAACGACAACAACAGAGGAAUUACACUUACAAUCUGCUAGACUCUUUUUCCUCCACUGAUCUUCAAACAGAGAGCGCUACAGAGCUGGAGGCAGCCCGGGCUAAACACCAAGCCGAAGUUGCCGCCGCUCAUGCUCGGGUCCAACAGAAUGUUAAAGUUGAUGAACCGAAGACUUUCGUUCCCCGGGCUCCUUCCAUUCCAAAAAUGGGUGCGAAAAGGCAGGCAACGCACAGAUUAAUAUCCAGGUACGCCGCCUUUCGUUUACACACUCGCGCUCUAGUACUUCCGGCCUGA